AUGGCGGUGCCCUGGGAGGAAUAUUUUCAACUGGCCUUACAAGAGAAGCUGCCGAGGAAGAUACCAGAGCAGAAUUCACACCACUUCCCCCCAGUGCUACAGCUCCUGGAGAAGAGGCAGGAGCUGGCGGCUGCAGACCAGGGCCUGCGGGCCCAGAAGGAGGUGUUCCAGACCACGAUGGCAGCCCUACAGCUGCGCUGGGAACAGCUGGAACAGAAGGAGCAGGAGCUAAAGGGGUCCUUUUUGCGCUUUGGCAAGUUCUUGCAGGAAGCAGAGGCCCGGCGCAGCCGCGCGUUGUGCAGGGCCGCGGAGGAGCGGCACCGCGCCCGCCGCCAGGAGGCCGAAGCGCGGCGGCUGUGGGCCCAGCUGGAGGAGCUGCGGCGGGAGCGCGCGCGGCUGCAGCGCCGGCUGGAGCGCCUGGCGCCCUGCGCGCGCCUGCUGGAACAAGUGCUGGAGCAGCUGCCUGAGUUCCAGGAGGUCCCCGAGCUGGUGGCGCGCUUCGACGACCUGGCCGACACGCAGGCGGCGCUGAGGCGCACGGAGCGCGAGCGGCUGGCGGAGCUGGAGGCGGCGCGGGCGCGGCUGCAGCGGCUGCAGGACACUUGGCAGGAGGAGGUCCUUCAGCAAGGCCAGCGGCGCGCGCAGCUGCAGGAGCGCCUGGAAGAGGCCCGCGAGCGCACACUUCACUGGGAAUCCAAGUGGAUUCAGAUCCAGAACACAGCAGCGGAGAGGACCCUGCUCCUGGGACGGACGAGGAUGGCAGCGCUCAACCUGUUCCAAGUAGUGUGCCAGCAUCAGAGGCAGCCGCCCACCCUGCACCUUGAGGACACUGAGGGGCAGCUGGAGCAGGUAAAGCAGUUCUUCCAAGACCUCUCCAGCAUUCUGGCCAGCCUCCGUAAGGCCGAACCUUGA